AUGGGAUAUUUUUCCCAAUUCAGCCUGCUUCUAGCAGCAACAGUGGGCCAUCCAUUCAGUGAAACAGGUGGGCGGUAUCUAUCUCGUCCGGACUUCACGCCUCCUACACUAAAUAUCACUGUGCCAGCGCCCAAUGCAAAUGGCUCCGAAUAUGUUUUUGUCGCUCCUUAUUCAGACUCUAUCCAACAGGGCGGGGCAUACAUUUAUAGAAAGGAUGGCGAUCUAGUGUGGUCAGGCAUUGGAUACUACGCUGGAUUUGUUGGGAACUUUCAUCCGACUAUAUACCAAGGGAACACCGUGCUCCAAGCCUAUCAGGGAACUAUAGACUUAACACAUGGUGAGGGAGUUGGUCAACAUGUGUUGCUAGAUCAAAGCUAUAAGCAUGUCGUGACUGCAAAGACUGGGAACCAUCAUAUUCCGUCUAUCCACGAAUUUACCGUUGUCAAUGGCGAGUCUGCCCUGGUUGAGAUUUAUGUUCCUACUGUUGCAAACCUGACAGAAUAUGGCGGAAACUCAUCUCAGCAGUGGCUAGGAAAUGGGCUAUUCCAAGAAUUUGAUAUUCGUACUGGGGAGCUUGUUUUUGAAUGGAAUUCCCUGGAUCAUCUGGACCCUGCAAAUUCCUGGAAUCCCCUAGGCUCAUCUCCAGGUAACAGUGGACUUUCCACCGCCCAAACAUGGGAUUACGUUCACCUAAACAGCGUCGACAAAGAUGAUGAAGGAAACUACCUCAUUUCAUCGCGGCAUUUCAGUACAAUCUAUAAGAUAAACGGAACCGAUGGCUCCAUAAUAUGGCGGCUCGGAGGAAAUCACUCCACCUUCACCCAAGACUUCACUUUCGGGUUCCAGCACGACGCCCGCUGGCGAUCACAGUCAGACAAUAUCGAAGUGAUAUCCUUUUUCGACAACUCCGGAAACGACAAAACGACCAUCAACGAUGUCUCAAGAGCGUUGAUAGUCCAGCUUAACCAUACGGAUAGUACUGCGAGUGUUGUCCGCAAAGCCACUGCACCAUGUGACCUACAGGCUCGGUCUCAGGGUAACGCGCAGUUCCUUCCGAACGACCGGUUAUUCGUUGGCUGGGGGUCCGCAGGCGCAUUUACCGAGUUCAAUGCCGACAACGAAGUUUUGUAUCAUGCUUUCAUCCAGGAUGCUGUUAGCUAUCGUGCGUUUCUGGCAAAUUGGACUGGUACCCCGACGGAAGCCCCGGUUCUUGCGACGUAUGUAGAUUCUGCGAAUACUACUACAUUUUAUGUUUCAUGGAAUGGAGAUACCGAGACUCGGGUUUGGAGGUUUUACGAGAUCCAUGCGGGUGCGCUAGGCGAUAGAACCCAAUACCUUGGAGAGCGAAAUAGAAAGUCGUUUGAAACGAGGUUCGCUUGGGACAGCGGGUAUCGUUUGAAUAGCAGUGUGAGAUUCUACGCGGAAGCUGUGGGAAGUAAAGGGGAGGUCCUUGCACGUACCCCCCCCUCUCCUGCGGCUGAGUUCAUCGAGUUAAAGGGUUGA